AUGAUUAAAUAUUUAUAGAGAUCUCUCUUUAGAAUUAGCGAAGAGUAUGAAUAUUUUAAAUGCAAAUAAAUAUUCAAAACACAACUUGAAUAAUUUAAAAAGGCUCUAAAUAAAGGUAUCUCUAAUUCAUCAAUAUUCAUUAGCUAUCUAAUUGUAAAAACAAAUUGAUUAAAAUACUUAAGCAGCCUUUAACAUGUAAAAUCACGCUUUCUUUACUUCAAAUGUGCCUGCAAAGACUAUUUUGGCUGCAUUCCUAUAGAAAAGAGAAUAUUCAAAUGAAGAUAUUGUUGGAUAAACAUUUAUAUAAUUGGGACACGCUUUAAAAGCAAGAGGAGAUAUUUCAUACUUUGAUCAUAAAAAUAUUGAAACAUCUAUGGGUUUUGAUGUACUUAUGAGAGAUUUAUUAAAAUUAAAUGAUUAUAGAGUAUUAGCAUAAGCAAUUCAUGGAUUAGCUUUAACAGGUGUAAAUACUAAUCAUAGUAAUUAAAUUGUUGAUAAAGUAUUUGAUUAAUUAGAGUCUAAAGAAUUAAAUUCAGAAGAAAGAUAAUUAAUUGAAGCAUUCUUAGUAGAUAUAUUUGAAGAAUAACCAGAAGUCCCUGUUAAUAAUCUUGUUUAUUAAGUUGAAAAGAUGAUUGAAGAUACAUAAACAGAUAUUUACACUGUUUUAGAAGCAGUUGUUGAAAUUAGAAGAAUUUAUAUCAAAUUAUUAGAAAUACAAAAAUAAGAUUUUAUUCAUAUCAAUACAAAUAUUAAAAUGAUAGAAUUAGAAGAAGCAUUAGUUUCUGCAGGCCUAUUACAUCCUGCUGAAAUUGAAAAAGAAGAUAUAUCAUUAUCAUUAGAAACUGCACUUACUUAUAUUGCAGGAAAAGAUCCUGAUUUUCUGGCAUUUAUUUAAUCUGUGUUGGAAUUAUAAUUUAUUCAUAAAGAGGGAACAAAAACUAUUGAACCAAAAUUAUCAGAUUUUGGAAAUCUAAUGUUAGCUCUCUCUGAAUUUAAAGGACAUGAGAUUGCAUAAAGAUUAAAAGAAGCUUAACCUAAAUUAGUUCAUUCAGAUAAAUAUAAAUUAGCUAAAGCUUUUGCUAAUGCUGGUCUCAAUACUGAAAGCAAAGAAUAUUUAACUUAAGUUACAGAUGAAGAUCUUCUUAAUUCUAUUGAUUCAUUGCAUCUUCAUUUAUAACUCAAUAAAGUUGAUAGACAAUUCCCAUUACCUGAUAAUUUAACUAUACUUUCAUUAGAUGAACUCAUUGCAUAUGCAACAUAUAUAGCACUCCAAAAUUAAAAUUAUGUUUCAUUCAUUCAAGAACUUAAGUUUAGAGUCUAAAAUCUUAAUACAAUUAGAGAUCUAACACAUAAAUAAUAAGAAAGAAUAGAUGUAUUAGAAAAACAUUCAGGUUAAAAACUAAUUUACGAAGAAAAAGAUAUCUAUCAUAGUGAAUUAUACAAAGCAAUCAAAGAUACCUUACCUAAUUCAGUUUAACUUAUUGAAAUCUAUGAUCUCAGUGUCAACAAUGAAAUAAAUGGAUAUGCUCAAUUAAGGGUUGGAUCUUCUCCUUACAUGACUUUAUAUGAUUUCUUAGGUAAAGACAAAGAACAAUUUAAAUAAAAAUUACAAUUAGCAUUCAAUCUAGAUAAUUCUGAUAUCAUUUUAUUUAAUUAAAUCAAAGAUAGAUUAGAUAGUAUUUCUAUAGAUAACUCAAAUACUUAAGAACUUAAUUCAUAAACAAUAUUUAAUGUUUAAUGGGAGUACUUAAAAAAAUAAGCACUCAAUUAUUUAAAUAAGAAUGAUAACUUAAACAAAUUGAAAUUAAAACAUACAUUAUUGGAUUUGUAGGAAAGAUUAAAAAUUGUAAAUCAAUCCCAUCUAUUCUAAGAUUUAAUUGAUCAAAUCAAGGUACAACCUAUUAAUUUCCCUAAAUGGUAUGGCAUGAUUCCAUCUUAAUCAAUAUAUAAUCCUAAUUCAUCAAUAGAAGGGUUUAAGGCUAGCUUGAUUAGUAAUAAAAUUUAUGAUCCUACCUAUUGUCCUGAUUAAGAUUUAUUUAAAAAAUUAGAAUUAAAUGGGUUUAUCUCUGAUCUAAUACCUAUUCCUCACUCUGAUAAAUUAAGAAAAUAAGUUGUAGUUUAAUCUUAUUCACUUGCUUGGAAAAAACAUUCAAUCAAAAAAUCAGAUUAAGAAAUUGAAUAACUUAAUCAACUAUAUCGUUUCUUAUAAAAAGAUUAAAAAGAUUAUAAUCCUGACUCAAGCGAUUUAUUCAUUGCUAAUCUAUUGAAUUUAAAUGCUGAAUUAAAAACUAAACCCUUACCAGAAAUUGUUGAUUUCGUAUUCAAUUUCAAGAUUUGGGAUCAAUUAAUUGAAGAACGAUUAUCUUCAAAAAAAUUCACAAAACCUGCAGGUAUCUUCUUGUAAAGAGAUCCAGAAAUGUUAUUACAUGAACAAAUCAAAGCAUACAAUCCGUUUUUGUCAUCCCAAUAUUUAAGAUAAAAAUUAGAAGUUAAUAAAACUUUGGAUGAUUUAAUCAAAAUGAGAAAAGAAUUGCUCAUGAAAUUAUAAGAAGACAUUAAGAAUAAUGAGAUUAAUAAAUUAUAAGCUAGAAAGAUAGUACAUAAAAUCAAUUUUAUUGUGUCUGAUAAGAUUCAAGAAAUAAAAGGUGAGCUAAGAAGAAAACAUGCUUCUCCUUAUUAUAAAUAAAAGACCAAUUAUAUAGAUAUUCUAUUUAAUGAGACUGACAUAGAGAAAUUAGAAGUUUAGUAAACACCUGACAAACAUCUUGAUGUUGAUUUAUUAUAUGGAAUCGAUCAAUUUGUUACAAGAAAGAGAUCUAGAGCUGAAGAAAAAUUGAUUACUUAUUAUCUGAUGUUCAAAUAAAUGGAAGGCAAUUAACUAAGCAAUAGGGAAUUAUAAUUUUUAGAUUCUUUGAGUCUUUACGAACCAAAUGUUUAAGUGACUCAACUAAAAAUUUAGGAUUUGUAAUUCAAUGACCUAAUUCAUUCAGAUUUCAAACAGUUCCAUAAAUUUAGUGCAAGCGAUCUCUUUCUAUAAUUGAGUCAAUUGUUUGAUGAUCAAUUAUUCUUAGAUAUUUUAAAAAACAAAUAUUACAAGAAAUAAGGAAUAUAAUAUAAUUUUAGAAAAAGAGACAAUUAAUUAUACUUGCAAUAAUAAGAAAAAUUAAUUUGGAUUCAAGAAUCUAAAUUAAAUGAUGAAGAAUUGAAAGAUCUUAAAGAAAUGUUAUAAAUAGGCAAAGUCUCAGAUCAACAUGUUGAUUCAAUGAAUCAAACUGAUUAUCCAUUGUAAAAUAUUUAUAGUUGGAUACAUGCUAAAUCUGCUGAAAAAUUUGAUCUAUCACUUUUGGAUUAAAAUAAUUAAGAAUUAUGGAAUAAUAUAUUUAAAUGCACAUAUGAAAACACAACUUAAUAAUAAUUACAUGAUGUAGUAAAUCUAUUAGUUGAAAGGUACUAUAUUUUACAAUUCCAUCCUGUUACUUAUCUAAGAUAACUUUUAAGAAUGAUCUUAACUCAUCCCAAUUUAUCUGCCCUUGAUAAAAAAGUAAGUUUCUUAUAUUUAUAUUAGAAUCUUUAAUGUUUAAAAAAGACAGUUGGUUUUAAUUCUGAAGAUAUUUUGGCUAUUUCUAAAUCUGAACCAACUGCUACUGUUCCAUCCUAUCUAAGUGAUAUGUGCUACCCUUAUGGUGAAAAAUUAAGUAUAAUUUGAUGUACAAA